UGUUAUAAUCUCUACCCGGCACAGCCAGAAGAGGACUGGCCACCCCACAUAGCCUGGUUCCUCUCUAGGUUUCUUCCUAGGUUUUGGCUUUUCUAGGGAGUUUUUCCUAGCCACCGUGCUUCUACACCUGCAUUGCUUGCUGUUUGGGGUUUUAGGCUGGGUUUCUGUACAGCACUUUGAGAUAUCAGCUGAUGUACGAAGGGCUAUAUAAAUAAAUUUGAUUUGAUUUGAUUUGAUUUAGGGGACUAUAGAUGUCUUUAGGGGACUAUAGUGGACUAUAGAUGUCUUUAGUGGACUAUAGGUGUCUUUAGUGGACUAUAGUGGACUAUAGAUGUCUUUAGUGCACUAUAGGGGACUAUAGAUGUCUUUAGUGGACUAUAGAUGUGUUUAGGGGACUAUAGAUGUCUUUAGGGGACUAUAGUGGACUAUAGAUGUCUUUAGUGGACUAUAGGUGUCUUUAGUGGAUUAUAGUGGACUAUAGAUAUCUUUAGUGGACUAUAGUGGACUAUAGAUGUCUUUAGUGCACUAUAGAGGACUAUAGAUGUCUUUAGUGGACUAUAGAUGUCUUUAGGGGACUAUAGAUGUCUUUAGGGGACUAUAGAUGUAUUUAGUGGACUAUAGGUGUCUUUAGUGGAUUUUAGUGGACUAUAGAUGUCUUUAGUGGACUAUAGAUAUCUUUAGGGGACUAUAGUGGACUAUAGAGGACUAUAGAUGAACUCUGUGGUCAGGUUGAUCAGUCUCUGUCUGGAUAACUGACAUUUAGGCAGGUUUUGACACUGCUACUUUCACAAGUAUAACCUUCUCAUUCCUCAGUUCUAGUCUGGUGCUGCUUGAAUGCAAGGACACUCUGUUUUUCCAGAAAGAGAAAUAAAAAUAGAAUCGAAUUGAGUAUAAAUCUGUGGACAUCUACAUUUUACCACAAGUUCUCACAAUGUCCUCACGAGUAUAGUAAUACAAACCAACACACACGUUUAAAAGAGCACUGUGUUAUUCCAGGUGUUGCCAAAACGGACUGGUGUCAGUCUGGACCGUACCUCAAGACGCCUCUGCCUUCCCAGAAUCCACCUCUUCUGGCUCCGAGGCCCGGAGGGACAACGAACCCAAAGCCAAACGCAAGCAGCAGCAGAGUUCCAGCAGGUGUGUGGAGGGGGCGGUGUGUGUGUUCCAGCUGAAGGGUCAUAUCACCCCGGUGAGGACAGUAGUCUUCAGCCCUGACGGCCUGGCCCUGGUGUCUGGAGGCGUGGGAGGCCUCAUGAACAUCUGGUCCUUACGGGACGGCUCAGUGCUCCAGACAGUAAUAGCCGGGUCAGGAGCCAUCCAGAACAUAGUCUGGAUCCCAGAUGUGGGCGUGGCCGUCUGCUCCAACAGGUCAAAGGACGUGUUGGUGGUGAAUUGCUCGACAGACUUCAUGUCCUCUCACCAGGUGCUCGCCACCUGCCGGACGGCGCUGAAGAAGCAGGGGGUUGUGGGAUUGAACAUGGCUCCCUGCAUGAGAGCCUUCCUGGAGAGGCUGCCUGUUAUGCUGCAGGAGCAGUACUCAUACGAGAAGCCCCACGUAGUGUGUGGAGAACAGCUGGUCCACAGCCCCUACAUGCAGUGCCUGGCCUCCCUGGCCGUGGGGUUACACCUGGAUCAGCUCCUGUGUUCCCCUCCCGUCCCCCCCCACCUCCGCCUCUGUCCCCUGGAACCAGCCACCUGGUCACCCGGCGAGUGGGCGUGGCUAGACUGCUUCUCCACCACGGUGAAGGCAGCGGAGGCCCUGGCUCGGGGCAACACGUUCCCAGAGGCCUUUGCUGUUCCCGACCUGGAGCCUGUACCCAAGGAGGAGAUGGUCCUUCUCAUGGACAACAGUACAUGGGGUUCUGGUAUGGAUGAACAAAUCAUGUCUUGGGCCACCUCCAGACCUGAGGACUGGCACCUGGGAGGGAAGUGUGAUGUGUUUCUGUGGGGAGCUGGUCGACACGGACAGCUGGCAGAGGCUGGCAGAAACAUCCUGGUGCCCACCAACGCACCCUCCUUCUCACAGGCACAACAGGUGGUGUGUGGUCAGAACUGUACGUUUGUGAUUCAGGCUAACGGGACAGUGUUAGCCUGUGGGGAGGGCAGCUACGGCAGACUGGGUCAGGGCAACUCUGAUGAUCUGCAUGUCCUCACCGUCAUCUCAGCCCUGCAAGGCUUUGUGGUGACCCAGCUGGUGACGUCGUGUGGCAGCGACGGUCACUCCAUGGCGCUGACAGAGAGCGGCGAGGUGUUCAGCUGGGGAGACGGAGACUACGGGAAGCUGGGACACGGAAACAGUGACCGCCAGAGACGACCGCGACAGAUCGAAGCCCUGCAGGGAGAGGAGGUGGUGCAGAUGUCCUGCGGGUUCAAGCACUCAGCGGUGGUGACCGCUGAUGGGAGGCUGUUCUCCUUUGGGAACGGGGACUAUGGCAGGCUUGGGCUGGGAAACACCUCCAACAAGAAGCUCCCUGAGAAGGUCACUGCGUUGGAGGGAUACCAGGUCGGACAGGUGGCGUGCGGUCUGAAUCACACCGUAGCCGUCUCUGCGGAUGGAAUGAUGGUCUGGGCCUUCGGAGACGGAGACUACGGGAAACUGGGCCUGGGGAAUUCUACCGCCAAGUCCUCACCUCAGAAGGUGGACGUUCUCUGUGGCCUCGGCAUCAAGAAGGUGUCCUGUGGAACUCAGUUCUCUGUCGCCCUCACUAGAGACGGCAACGUGUACACGUUCGGACAAGACCGACUCAUAGGGCUGCCGGAGGGCCGGGCCAGGAACCACAACCGUCCCCAGGUGGUACCAGCUCUGUCUGACGUGUUUAUACAGGAUGUGGCUGUGGGGGCCGAACACACACUGGUCCUGUCCUCCACCGGAGAGGUCUAUACCUGGGGCAGCAACUCAGAGGGUCAGUUGGGUCUGGGCCACACCAACCAUGUGAGAGAGCCCACCCUGGUGACAUCACUACAGGGGAAGGACAUUCACCAGGUCUCUGCUGGUCGCUGUCACUCUGCUGCCUGGACCGCUCCUUCUGUCCCUCCCCGGGCUCCAGGGUCCUCCGUACCCCUCCAGCUCGGCCUGCCGUCAGCGGUGCCCCCCCAGUUCAGCUCUCUGAGAGAGGUCAGCAUGGAGGCAGUCCGGGCCAGACUACGUAUUCUUUACCACUUCUCUGACCUCAUGUACUCAUCAUGGAGAUUACUCAACCUCAGCCCCAACAACCAGAGCUGUACGUCCCACUACAACACAGGGACGUGGGGCAUCGUCCAGGGCCAGUUGAGGCCCCUGCUGGCCCCCAGAGUCUAUACUCUCCCCAUGGUGAGGUCCAUAGGGAAGACUAUGGUGCAAGGAAAGAACUAUGGACCUCAGAUCACUGUCAAAAGGAUCUCCACACGGGGUCGUAAGUGUAAGCCCAUCUUUGUGCAGAUAGCCCGUCAGGUGGUCAAGCUGAACGCGUCUGACCUGCGACUGCCGUCCAGGGCCUGGAAGGUCAAGCUGGUGGGGGAGGGGGCCGACGAUGCUGGAGGGGUGUUUGAUGACACCAUCACUGAGAUGUGUCAGGAGUUGGAGACGGGAGUAGUGGAUCUCCUCAUCCCCUCCCCCAACGCCACAGCUGAGGUGGGCUACAACAGAGACAGGUUCCUGCUGAGCCCGUCAUCCUGUCUGGAUGAGCAGCUCCUCCAGUUUAAGUUCCUUGGUAUCCUGAUGGGGGUGGCUAUCCGGACCAAGAAGCCCCUGGACCUGCACCUUGCCCCCAUGGUGUGGAAGCAGCUGUGCUGUAUUCCUCUGGUCCUGGAGGAUCUCGAGGAGGUGGACCUGCUCUACGUUCAGACACUCAACAGCAUUCUUCACAUUGAAGACAGCGGCAUCACAGAGGAUAAUUUCCAUGAGAUGAUUCCUCUGGAUUCGUUCGUGGGUCAGAGUGCGGACGGUAAGAUGGUUCCUAUUAUCCCCGGGGGAAACAGCAUCCCUCUGACCUUCUCCAACAGGAAGGAGUAUGUAGCCCGGGCCAUCGAGUACCGCCUGCACGAGAUAGACAGACAGGUGGCGGUGGUGCGUGAGGGCAUGUCCUGGAUCGUCCCUGUCCCUCUCCUCUCCCUCCUCACAGCCAAACAACUGGAACAGAUGGUUUGUGGGAUGCCAGAGAUCAGUGUGGACGUGCUCAAGAAGGUUGUGCGGUACCGUGAGGUAGAAGAGCAUCACACUCAGGUCCAGUGGUUCUGGCAGACCCUAGAGGACUUCUCCAACGAUGAGAGGGUUCUGUUCAUGCGCUUCGUCUCGGGACGGUCCAGGCUGCCCGCCAACACAGCUGACAUCUCCCAGAGGUUCCAGAUCAUGAAGGUGGACAGGCCCUAUGACAGCCUGCCGACCUCCCAGACCUGUUUCUUCCAGCUGCGCCUGCCUCCUUACUCCAGCCAGACGGUGAUGGCAGAGAGACUCCGCUACGCCAUCAACAACUGUCGCUCCAUCGACAUGGACAACUACAUGUUGUCACGCAACGUAGACAACGCCGAGGGCUCGGACACGGACUACUGACCAACCACAGUCUGCCCAGACCCUCACCACACACAUACGCAACGUAGACAACGCCGAGGGCUCGGACACGGACUACUGACCAACCAUAGUCUGCCCAGACCAGAUGCACCGUCAAAACAACACACCUUCACAGACCCUCACCACACACACACACAACGUAGACCCAGGAAAGACCGGGCCUGGAUGGAAUAUAGACUGUCCUCUCCUCUCACGGACCCUCACCACACACACACACACACACACACACACACACACACACACACACACACACACACACACACACACACACACACACACACACACACACACACACACACACACACACACACACACACACACACACACACAACGAGACCCAGGAAAGACCGGGCCUGGAUGGAAUAGACUGUCCUCUCCUCUCACAGAGCGUCACACAGCAGAAACCCAGAAGGACGGCAUCUUCUCCGUUGCCAGUUAUCAACGUACAGUAGGAAGUCACAGAGUAGCAACAACAACAGAGAGUUCAUUUACCUGUACGGAAAAAGGCCCGGGUCACUUUUGAACAUUUCAUUUAUAUUCCAUGUUUCUCUACUACUCUCAACACAUAAGACAUAAUGGAUGGAUUUGAUUCAAUGUUUUUAUUUUUCACCAAAUGGGUUUUUAUUUAGUAAUGUUGUUGUUUUUUUUAAAGCAAAUUUAAAAAAAACCAGAAGCAGUUCAUUGAGUAUUAUUAUUAUCAUUAUGGUUGUUUUUUUCCAUCGCUUCAUUUCUUUCAGAGUUUUUUUGUUUUAGCAUGGAUGUUUGUUUAUUUAGUCUUUGGGGAAAUGUGUAUAGGAUUAUUCAUUUACCCCAAGUGAAGAAGAAAAUAAAAAAUGAUGUUGUACAAUUGUGUAUAAUGUUUCAGUAGGAAAAUGUUUUACAUAAAUAUCCAUAUUUAUUUUUGUUUUCAAUUUUUAAAUUGCCAAUGCUGGGGUUUCCUAAAGCAGGAACAAACAAACAAAAAAAACUCAAUAAAAUGCUUCAGAACGGA